AUGCCCCCAAAUAAAUCGAAAGGAGCGCCCGCGUGGAGCGUGCAGGGUCAGAAAAUCGGGCUUCUGUUCUUGUCCUCGGUUCCUCUCGCCGUUCUGUGGUUACUGUUUUUCUUUCCCGGCAGCACGCGGUCGUCUGCGCAAGACGAAGAGAACAACAUCAGCAAACCGCAGACAGGCCAGCAGCAUUCGUUCGCGGCGUCGCCCGUUGUACCAUUCACCGCCGAAAGCAAUGACACGAUGGUCGCGGACCUGGCGCUCUGGCUCCAGGACCACUGCAACGCGACCAGCGGGAAGUACGGCCUGGACAAUUUGUUCCUGUCCGACUUCGUCCGGCCGCAAGCGCAGGCGGGUCAGGCGAUCCGUGGGUUGGGCACGUUGCACGAAGUGAAGAAGAACGAAGACUUGCUCUGCGUGGCGCCGCAGUGCAUGUUCAACGAGCACGUGUGGCCGCCCCACGUCAAGGCGCUGGCGAAGUUAAACACGCAGAAACGGCACUGCAUCGGGGUGCACCUCUCCGCCAUUUACUUGGCCGAGGAGAUGGAAAAAGCCCCCGGGGAAUCCUUCUGGUGGCCGUGGAUCCAGAGUCUCCCCUCGCACGAAACCUACAUCAACACCCACCCCGCGUGGGUCCAUUCCGUGCGGGACCGGAUUUCUUCCGAAGCGGGACGAGAGGACCACGACUGGAGCCCCAUGAACGGCCUAAUGGUGGCCUACAACAUGGGGAACAUCAAAAAGUGCUACGACUCCUACCGUCUUCUGCGAAACCAACUCCCGGUGAAACUGCGACCGAAAAAGCUCGUCGAUUACCAAACCUACAAAUACGCAUACGUGGUGGUGUCUUCCCGCCGGUUCGACGCGUUGAGCAUCGCGGAUGACGCAAAUGUACCUCUCAUGGACCUCAUCAACGCGGACGUGCCGAAGCGGGUAAACACCAAGUACUCAGAGCGGGUAUUGGAACAACAACAGGUACUAUCUGGUGGUGCUGGUGCGCAAGAGGAGAAAGUAGAGGUUGGUGCUCCUGUCGCGGAGAAGACCACGACCGACGCCAAAAGCAAGAAGAAAAAGAAGAAGAAAAGCAAAAAACUGUUUUGCCUGACGGCGACGAAAGACAUACCGGCGCAGAGCGAGAUCAUUGGCGAUUACGCGCCGAAUAAGUUCUGGGCAAUGACGUUCUUUUCCAUUCACGGCUUCGCGUUCGACCCUCUCGAGCAUUUGGACCCUUACGAGAAGGAAACGCCGGACCCACUGAAAACAAACUGCACCGGCAUACCUCGGUGGCGCGGCGAAGACUUGGCGAACUAUGGCAGCGCAAUGGAGCGAGUAUACGCUCGUUUCGGACGUGCCUACUGCCCCGGCGGAAAGAAGUGGCUAGGGCAAGAUGCAAAGGAGAAGAAACGCGGGAAGAGUAGAAAAAAGCACGAUAAAAAAGUAAACAAGGAGCGAGCAAUAGGCUACGACGAAUUGUAG